GCUUGACCGUCCCGCCCAUAGGCUCCGGGCGCUCAAGUUUGCCCGACGACACCAGCGCCAGCAUGAGCCCAAGCGGGCGCGCGCGCAAGCUGUGGGCCGUACGGGUUGUUUGGCGUGGUUGCUUGCCACGUGCGGAAGGGAUGUUGCCGCUCGGAAAAAGACACGUUGAGGAGUCUUCGCCAGCAAGAAAUAGUUCUAAACGGACUCGGAAAACAGGAACGCGAUAUUGUUGCGUCGUUGGCUGUCACAACAGCGAGGAAAACGUGAAAGGCAGGGUGCCAGCCAUCUCGUUUUAUCGCUUCCCCGGAAGGCCUUGGGAAACCGAACGACGGAAGGCAUGGAUUGCAGCUGUUCGGCGCAAAAACGCUGAUGGAUCUGACUGGACGCCCAAUUCCUCGUCAAGGAUUUGCGGCGCCCAUUUCGUGGGCAAUUGCAAAAGCGACAUUCAGAUGGACCCCUCCUAUGUGCCCACAAUUUUCCCUCCCGUCUAUCGGAAAAGGGCGCCUGAUGGGGAAAGACACAAGAGGUGGCAGCGGAGGUCGCAAGCUGGAGCAGUUUCCAGUCCUUCCACCCCUGAAUGCAUGCCCGUGACAGAUAAUGAUGAGAAUGCUUCAAACACAAUGACUGCUGAUGACUCAGAGGAUGUGGCAGACUCUGACAUCGCAGAUUCUGGGCUCCAUGUGCUGGCAGAGGCGGCAGGUGAUGCAGAACCUGCUAAGGUGAAGGUGGUUGAUCAGGGCACACAAACAGAGUGCGACAGCAAUCAUGGACAACUUCAGCUUUUCCUGUCAACUACUGAUGGCCGGACUGGAUGUACACAAGUAACACAUCCCACACAGUUGAACAAGGUGAGUUCUGGCAAAGUGCUGACUAGGGAAUGCAAGUAUCCUUCACCAUAA